AUGGCUUCGAUCACCCUCUACCUCGCUGAGCCUUGCUUCUCUGCAGCCAAGCUCCAAGAGCUCAGAUACGAGGCAAAGACUCUCUACUAUCACCAGCACAUUUGCGAUGCUACGAUCAACGAUGUCCACUACGAGGACUUCAUCGACGACUACAUCGAGGCAGCCUAUCAGGCACAGUCCAAGCCCGUCACCCCAGCCUCCGCCUCAAUCGCUUCAACAAACAAGACUGCCUCCAAGCUCAGACGUUUUCUCAACCGUAUCACUCGGAAGAAGAUUCUCGACAACAACUAG